AUGCUUCCCGGUGCUGUAUACUCGGCCCUUGGCCUCCUGGCCGCAACGUCCUUGGUGACGGCGCAAGAAGAGGAGGAUCUUGGUUACAUGCCGAGAGAUACUUCAGAAAUGCUCAGCGCCCCGCCCGAACUGAUCUCUCUUUCCGAGCAGCUUGAGAAAAUACCUCCAUCAAUCGCCCUUCGAUUCGGAGAGGAGGAGCCUGUUAUCCAGGUUCCAGUGCAAAUUAUUGUCAUUUCCGCCCAGGAGAAAUCGGCGGCGGACUUCCCUCAAGAUGACAUACUUCGCCAGCAGAUACAAGUACUCAACAACGCCUUCAAGCCGCACUUUGAAUUCGAGCUGAAUAACAUUACCCGCAAAGUCGACGCAAACUGGGCGGGUGGCGGCGACAAUAACAAUAUGAAGACGACCCUUCACCAAGGCGAUCAUAAAACCCUGAACUUAUACUUCACCGACCAGGUGAAAGGGUCUGACGGUGGUGAUGCUCUUGGCACCUGCCACUACCCUACUAUUGUUCGAACUAACCCAAAAAGUGAUGGCUGCUCUCUACGGACCGAUACUCUCCCUUCCGGCCGCAACAAACGUUAUAACCUUGGAAUUACCGCCGUACAUGAGGUCGGGCACUUCCUCGGCCUUGCUCAUACCUUUGAUGGGGGCUGCAAAGACGGCGACAAGGUUGCCGAUACUCCUCCUGAGGCAAAAGCUGAUUACUCUUGCGAUACCAAUCUGCAUUCAUGUGGCGAUGCUCGCCCCGACCCUGUCCACAACUUCAUGGAUUACGGUCCAGACUCCUGUCUUGACAACUUCACGCCGCUGCAAUUUCAACGCAUGCGCAGGAUGUGGGAGCAUUUGCGCGCCCCCGCAGUCCCCCCCCGUCAGCUGAAUGCCAUUCUCGAGACAUGCCUUCAAUAUGCCACCGACGAUAACAAAUGCAAAGAAAUCCUAAAAACUUGCAUAAAGCAGAAAUUCCCUAACGGCAACUACCCUAACGAUAAGAAGCAGCAGCUUAUUAACGCGGUCCUGCCAUGUGUCAAAGAGACCGUGGCUCAAGAUAAUGCUAUUUUGCCGCCGGACAAAGCUCGCCGAAGCCCGAACUUCUAA